UUUCUUCUUCUUCUGCCCCUCAUUUCUUUCUUUUCCCCAACCCCCUCUCACUCUCCCUCUCCCUCUCUCUCCCCUCAUCUCCCCCUCGCAAUCAUAAGUUUUGUUCUUCAUCUCUCUCAUUAGUUCUACUCCCUUCCCUUUCCACUUCCUCCCAUUAAUUCCCUAACCCUCCACCCACCAAUCACCAUAGCCGCAAUACUUAACAUUUCUUUCUCUCAACCUCCUUCAUUUUCAUCCACCCCCACCAACAAAAGAAAUAUUUUCUCAAAUUUAUUUUCAACUGAUUUUUAUUUUCAGAAGAUCAUGGAUAUUUGGUUAUGAUUUUUAAUCAUGAACCACCCAUCAUAUCAUAUGAAUCAUCCACACAUCUUCACCAUGUGACAUUAGAUACGCAGGAUUAGGCGGCGUCGAUCGGCGUUUAUGGGAAUUGGAGUUUUGGUGAUGACACGAAACCUCUCUUUGUUUUCGUGUCUCAAUGGAUCUUUCCCCAACUCUUUCUCCUUCACAACUCUCCAUUUCCUUUCGUCGUCUCUACAUAUUCUUAUCCCCUAUGCCCAUUCCAAAUGCAGAUGUCCAUUCAAUGCCGCCCCCUUGCCAUUAAUUUCCUAUUGCAUUCCUUCACAUGUUUUCUUCCACCUCCAAUACAAUUCCCACCUCUGAUUUCUAGGCCGCCCUUCUCUUUUCUCUUUGGUUUAUGUGUCUUCUGAAACUUUGUUUGGUCGCUGUUGCUACUGCUGCUAAUGGCCGGAAUGUGUUCCGGUGCGGGUUUUGGUGUAUCUCGUUCAAUAACAAAUGGAAGUGGAAACGGGGAUUUCUCAGGACAUUCCUUGAGUAGUGCUGGUCCCGAUGAGGCUCAUUACCGCCAGGUUGAUUAUGUGGAGAAAUGUAGCAGGAGUCGAUAUGUUCGGUACAAUGAAGUCUUGGGCAAGGGUGCAUUCAAGACUGUCUACAAGGCAUUUGACCAGCUCAACGGAAUAGAAGUAGCAUGGAACCGGGUGAAAAUAGAUGAUGUGUUGCGGUCACCUGAAGAUUUGGAGAAAUUAUACUCUGAGGUUCAUCUUCUUAGACAAUUGAAGCAUGAAAACAUCAUGAAAUUCUACGACUCAUGGAUUGAUGACAAGAAGAAGACUGUUAACAUGAUCACUGAGUUGUUCGCAUCUGGGAGCCUGAGGCAAUACCGUAGAAAGCACAAAAAUGUUGAUAUGAAGGCUAUAAAGAAUUGGGCAAGACAGAUUCUCCAAGGUUUAGACUAUCUUCAUAGUCAAAACCCGCCUGUCAUUCACAGGGACUUAAAAUGUGACAAUAUUUUUGUGAAUGGAAAUCAAGGAGAAGUUAAGAUUGGCGACCUUGGGCUAGCAACCAUCCUGCAGCAGCCUACCGCUCAAAGUGUCAUUGGAACCCCUGAAUUUAUGGCCCCGGAGCUGUAUGAAGAGAAAUACAAUGAACUAGUUGACAUAUAUUCCUUUGGAAUGUGCUUGUUGGAAAUGGUUACUUUGGAAUAUCCUUAUUCUGAGUGCAAAAAUCCAGCUCAAAUAUUUAGGAAAGUUACAUCUGGUGUCAAACCUGCUGCUCUUGCCAAAGUGGCUUCUAAGGAGGUUAAAGAAUUUAUUGAGAAAUGCUUGGUCCCAGCUUCUGAGAGAAUGUCUGCUAAGGAACUUCUUAAAGACCCCUUUCUUCAACUAGAGCAUUCCAAGGAACCUGUUCGUGAUUUGUUACACAUACCUAAUGAAGUUCCUAGAUCUAUAAGUCAAUUGUAUUAUGGACCCAAUUCUAUGGAUAUAGACCCUGAAUAUAACCAGUCUGUCUGCACAGACUCCAAUUGUGCAAGCCCUUGUUCUGAAGUGGUGGAAUUUGAAAGAUCAUAUCAGAACAAUGAUUUCAGACUGAGGGGUAAGAAGAAUGAUGAUAACUCAAUCUCAUUGACCUUGCGCAUCGCGGAUCAGGGAGGGCGAGUGCGGAACAUACACUUCCUGUUCUACCUUGACUCAGACACCGCACUUGCUGUUGCAGCUGAGAUGGUUGAGCAGUUAGAUUUAGCAGAUCAUGAUGUAGUUUUCAUUGCCGACUUCAUUGAUUCCUUAAUAAUGAGAAUUUUGCCUGAGUGGAAGCCUUCAUCUGAUUGUUGUUCCAGUGGAGAGAGAUGUACAAGUGGCCUAACCUUGAUAUCAGAUCAAUGGGACAUGCCAUUGCCGUACACUAGAGCUGAGUCUGUGGCAAGGCAAGAUAAUGUGUGUGAUAUUCAUAUGGGUCGUCAAAUUUGUGUACCAGCUGACAGCAAUAACUUGUACAGGAAUUCCAAUUUGGUGUCUACCCCUCAUACUGCAUGUACCUCAUCUCCAUGUUUGACUAAUACAGGGAACAUACUAUCACUAGGAUCAGCAACGUCUGAGGUCAUCGGAGAAGAUUCUUCUAUAAAGAAUGGGAUGAUGUCUAAAGGUUCUAGUGGUGAAGUAUCUGAAAUGGAAUUUAGAUCUCUAUAUUAUCAUGAAUGUGGAAUCCAUGGAAAAUGUCCAUCACUGAACCAAUUGGGAGAAGACUCAGGAUGCAUUUAUUCUGAUCAGAAAAAAAUACCCAGAGUUGCGAGCUUUUUCAGCUGUUGUGAAAACUCAGAGUUCAUUUUCUCUGAUGAGAAAAAAAUUCCCAGGGUUGCAAGCUAUUUAAGUUGUAGUGAAAAAGGUACAUCUCUGGAGCAUUUCGGAGAAAACUUGGAGUUGAAUUCUUUGGAUGAGAAACAAAUUCCUAGAGUUGAGAGCUUUUUAAGCUGUUGUGAAAAAGGUCCAUCACUGGAGCAGUUGGGAGAAAACUCAGGAUGCAUUUAUUCUGAUCAGAAAAAAAUACCCAGAGUUGCGUUCUUUUUCAGCUGUUGUGAAAACUCAGAGUUCAUUUUUUCUGAUGAGAAAAAAAUUCCUAGGUUUACAUCGCUGGAGGAUUUGGGAGAAAACUCAGACUUGAAUGCUUCAGAUGAGAUACAAAUUCCUAGAGUUGAGAGCUUUUUAAGCUGCUGCGAAAAAGGUCCAUCACUGGAGCAGUUGGGAGAAAACUUGGAUUCAAGUAUUUCUGAUCAGAAAAAGGUUCCCAGAGUUUCGAGCUUUUUAAGCUGUUGCGAAAAGAGUGCAUCAUUGGAACAUUUGGGAGAAAACUCGUAUUUGAAUUUUUCUGAUGAGAAAAAAAUUCCCAGAGUUGCGAGCUAUUUAAGCUGUUGCGAAAAUGGAUCAUCACUGGAACACUUGGGGAAAAACUCAGAUUUCAUUUUAUCUGAUCAGAAAAAAAUUCCCAGAGUUGCGAGUUUUUUAAGCUGUUGUUCUACUAUGACUUUGCUAGACACAGAUUCUGAGAGUGAUUUGAAGUUGGAACUUGAUGCUAUUGAAGCACAAUAUCAGCAAUGGCAUCAAGAAAUUUCAAGGAUGAGGCAGGAGGCAAUGGAGGCCACAACAAAAAGAUGGAUAACUAAAAAGAAAGAGGUUGUCCAUUGAAGAUUGAUGUGAUGGAUCAAUUGUUCG